AAGAUUAUGAGAAAUUAAUUUAUACGAAAGUACAUAGAAAUUGUUAUAAGAAAAAGUUUUCAUCAGCAUUUGAACUUCCGGUCUAAUUUUGUCAAGUUACAUUUAAAAUGUAUUCGAAUGUAUUCGAAUUUGGUUUUGGCAAAUUUAUUUAAAAAAAAAAAAGAAGAAAGUUUCCGUCAAAAAUUAAAAGAAAAAGAAAAGGUUAAAUCUACAUAAAACGAUGCUUCGAGGCAACUUCGUUUGGUUAUUUUCUUUGCUAGGCCCACACCCAAACCUCAAGAAACAAAGAUGAAUGCGAUCAGCAUCUUCAGAGGCUACGGCAAGGUAAACCACCUUGGAGACCAAACCCCGGACCGUAGAUCCUCUCAGAGGCCUCUCUUAACCACCAUCGCCAUCGCCGCUGUGGUCCUCUUGACUUUGGUUAUUGGUUCAAUAUUAGCAGCGGCAGUGAUUCGUGACUACAGAGAGGAAGAAGAAACAGAAUCACCACCCCUUUCGGCCGAGUUGCUCGAGUCAAUCAAAUCAGUCUGCAGCGUGACCCAGUUCCCGGAUUCCUGCUUCACCGCCAUAUCUUCUCUCAACACCUCCAUAAAACCCGACCCAGAAUCCAUCUUCAAGAUCUCUCUCCGCGCAGCCAUCGCCGAGCUCUCCAACCUCUCUUCAUCAAUCAACACCCUCAACGGUCGCAACUCCGCCCCUGCUCUGCAGGACUGCGUGACCCAGUUGGACGACGCGCUGAGUCGACUAAAUGAAUCGAUGUCGGCUAUGGAGGCGAGACCUGGGGAGAAGACGUUGACCGAGGCAAAGAUCAAUGAUAUCCAGACAUGGGUCAGCGCUGCGAUGACAGAUCAGGAUACUUGUUUUGAUGGGUUAGAGGAGACGGGAUCGAGGGUUCUGAAUCAAGUCAACCAUGGUAUAAGGCAAAGAUCUAAAGAGUACAUCAGUAACAGCUUAGCCAUUGUUGCUAACAUGCCACUUCUUCUUGAGAAGUUUGGUUUGAAAAUGCACUGAAAUUUCUUGUUUCUCUUGGUUCAGAUUUCGAUUUCCAAGUCUUGAUUCUCGGUUUCUGGUUUGUAACGAAAAUGAUUGUGUAAAAGUACAUCUGUAAAGACUGUUGUGGAUUUUUAUCUCUUCUUUUCUUUGAACCGUUUCAUUUCUGUUGUUU